AUGGAACAAAAACAAUCAACUCCUCGUUCCAACUUUGCCGACAUCAAUGAAGUUGAACCAGAAGAAGAUGCAGAGCAAGAACCACAACAGCAAGAUCACAACAACAACAAGAGGUUUUCCACUAACAGAGGACCACCAAACCGAGGGAGACAACGACCAUACCGAGGUUUCAGCAGACAAGUGUCGCUAGAGACGGGUUUCUCUGUGCUCAACAGAGAAUCUAAAGGAAGAGGUGACAAGAAGAGUUUACCGAGGAGUGGUCGUAGCUUUGCCGGGUUUGAAACACGCGGAAUCAUCAACGGUGGAGAUGGUCGUAAAGGAGACUUCAGUAUCUUCAGAACCAAAUCAACCCUCAGCAAACAAAACUCUCUCUUGCCUUCUGUAAUAAGGGAGAGAGACAUUGAGAAUUCUUUAAGAGGUGAAGAUGGUGAGACCAAAGAAGAAUCUAUAAAUGAAAAUGUUUCUGCAGGAAGAUACUUUGCUGCUCUUAGAGGACCCGAGUUAGAUGAAGUCAAGGACAAUGAAGAUAUUCUUCUUCCAAAAGAAGAGCAAUGGCCUUUUCUUCUCAGGUUCCCUAUAGGAUGCUACGGUAUCUGUUUAGGACUUAGCAGCCAAGCUGUCUUGUGGCUUGCACUAGCUAAAAGCCCCGCUACACAAUUCUUACACAUCCCACAAAUGAUCAACUUAGUUCUAUGGCUAUUGGCACUAGUAGCCUUAGUCUCUGUUUCCAUCACUUACAUACUCAAAUGCAUCUUAUACUUCGAAGCUGUCAAAAGAGAGUACUUCCACCCAGUUCGAGUCAACUUCUUUUUCGCUCCUUGGGUCGUUUGCAUGUUUCUAGCCAUCAGCGUGCCUCCCGUGCUCACGCGAAAACCCCUCCAUCCAGCCAUCUGGUGCGUUUUCAUGGGUCCUUACUUCUUCCUUGAGUUAAAGAUUUACGGACAAUGGUUGUCCGGAGGGAGAAGGCGGCUCUGCAAAGUCGCAAAUCCGUCUUCUCAUCUUUCUAUUGUGGGGAAUUUCGUUGGAGCCAUCUUAGCUUCCAAAGUUGGAUGGAAUGAAGUAGCUAAGUUCCUGUGGGCAGUAGGUUUUGCACAUUACUUAGUUGUGUUUGUAACACUUUAUCAAAGACUUCCCACAAGUGAAGCUUUGCCUAAAGAGCUUCACCCUGUUUACUCUAUGUUCAUAGCUGCUCCAUCAGCAGCAAGCAUCGCUUGGAACACAAUCUAUGGCCAGUUCGACGGAUGUUCAAGAACUUGCUUCUUCAUUGCACUCUUCCUAUACAUUUCCCUUGUAGUUCGGAUCAAUUUCUUCACUGGGUUCAAGUUUUCACUGGCCUGGUGGUCAUAUACUUUUCCUAUGACAACAGCAUCAGUAGCAACGAUAAAGUAUGCAGAAGCAGUACCUUGUUAUCCUAGCCGAGCUUUAGCACUCACUCUUUCCUUCAUCUCCUCGGCUAUGGUAUGCGUUUUGUUCGUCUCCACGCUUCUCCACGGCUUUGUCUGGCAAACUUUGUUCCCUAACGAUCUUGCAAUCGCUAUUACAAAUAAAAGACUUAUCAAGGAGAAGAAACCUUUCAAGAAAGCCUACGACUUGAAGCGGUGGGGCAAACAGGCUCUGUCGAAGAAAAUAUCUGCAGAAAAAGAUAUUGAACACGAGGACGAAUCACAUCACGGAUGA